AUGUUCUCUGGGGGCGAGAAGACGAUCGGAGAGCGUCUGAAGCUGACGGUCGAUAAUGCGGACAAGGAGCUCAAAAAGGCGAAGAAACGAUGGACAAUGACGUGGUACGCGAUGAACGUCUGUAUCGCGCUCCAGAUCGUGCUCGGCGCCGUCACGACCGGAGUCUCGGCCGCCUCGACUGGACGGCAGGCGUCGAUCGGCACGGCCGUCCUCGGGGGGCUCUCGACGCUCUCCGCCUCGUACCUCGCCCGCGCACGAGGCAGCGGCGAGCCCGAGGCGAGCGCCGUGCGCUGCAGCGAGUUGGAGCAUUUUAUCCGCGACUGCAAGGCAUUCUUGCUCGACCGCGGGCACCUCGUCGGGUCGGAGUACGACAACGAGGUGAGGCAGUACCGCCGACGGUUCGAGGAGAUCCUCGGGAACGGCGAGGGCGUGGGCGGGUGGAUCCCUGCCGGGAUGGGCGCCGCGGUCGGGGAUGCGAUGAGAGCGCGCAUGGGCGGCGUGAUGGGCAAGGUGGACGAGAAGGUGCACGACGUGGAGGAGGUUGAGGACGACUUUCGGCGGAGGGUGGGCGACGACGUGCGGGCGGUGAGGGAGACGGGCGAGGAGUUGCGCGCGAGGGGCGAAGACGUGCGCGCGCGCGGGGAGGCAAUUGGACAGCAGGUGCAGGAGAUACAAGGGAUGGGCAGGGAGAUGCGGAACAGGGCGUUGGCGCCGCUGUGA